AUGGAAGAAGAGCUCAUGGAAGAGAUGGAAUCGUUUCUCGAUGCCGCCGACGUUGCGCCGGCCAAGCAAGCGGGGGUGCACACGUCGACACCUCAGCUGCUUCGGUCGCCGUCUGCAAUGCAACGUCCCGUGAUCACAUACGAAGACGACGCCGGAGACGCCAAGUACACGGCCGAAGAAGUCGACGUCCUGCGCCGGUCCUCGGUCGUCAACGGGCGUCUCUUCCAGCCGUGGAUCGCGUCUGACGCGUACGAAGUCUUCUCGCCCCACGAGCAAUACAUCGACCCGGACGGCUUUCUCAGCAUGUCGCCCAAGCAAAUGGACAAGCUCGACAAGUGGGUGCGUCCGACGGGCUAUGGCACCGGGCACCCCGUCAUGAUUGCGACCAUUUCGCCGUACGUUAUCGUGCAGGACGUCGUCACCGACUGCUCGUUCGUCGCGUCGCUCUGCAUCACGGCGGCGUUCGAGCAGCGGUUCCAGAAGAAGCUGAUUACAAAGAUCAUCUACCCCCAGGAUGCGUCUGGGAACCCAGUUGUAAAUUCCGGCGGACGCUACAACGUCAAACUGUGGGCCAACGGCGUGCCGCGCAAGGUCGUCGUGGACGACUGCCUGCCCCUCGGCUACAACGGCACGCUCCUCUGCUCGUGCACGACGACCUCGAACGAGCUCUGGGUGAGCAUCAUUGAGAAGGCGUACCUCAAGGUGAACGGUGGCUACGACUUUCCGGGGAGCAACUCGGGCAUCGACCUCUUUGCGCUCACGGGCUGGAUUCCCGAGUCGCUCUCGUUCGUCGACGCGUCGGGCCCGACGAGCGACGUCAUCUGGCAGCGGCUCAUGAGCGCCUACAACUUUGGCGACUGCCUCAUCACGAUCGCGACGGGCGACAUGCCGCCCGACAGUGCGCGCCGCGUCGGGCUUGUGCCGUCGCACGCCUACGCUGUCCUCAACGUCCUCGAAACGUCGUGUGGUGUGCGCUUGCUCCGCGUCAAGAACCCGUGGAACCGCAAGCGCUGGAAAGGCCCGUACAGCCUCGACGACACGCAGCAUUGGACGCCAGCGCUGCAAGACGAAGUGGGCUUUGACCUGGACGCCGCGCGCCACGCGAAAGACGACGGCCUCUUCUGGAUCGACUUUGACUCGGUGCAAGAGCACUUCAACGCGCUCUUCCUCAAUUGGAACCCGGAGCUGUUCCAGUACCGGUACACGGUGCACAAGCACUGGCCCGUCGAGAUGGGUCCAGCCAACGACACGUACAACCUCGCGCCGCACCAAGUCGUCUCGAUCUGGAUCCUCCUCUCGCGGCACGUGACCGCCGUCGAGACGCCCGACGCCGUCCAGCAGUUCUUGACGCUCCACGUGUACCAGCAGGCGGCGCGCGUGUACUACCCCAACUUUGCCUUUGCGCGCGGGACGUACAGCAACAACCCGCACUGCCUCACGUGCCUCGACGUGGACCUACUGCCGGACGGCGCGACGUCCUUUGUCCUCGUCGCGUCGCAGUACGAGAAGCUCACGUCGCUCGACUACACGAUCUCCGUCUUCUCGACGGACGAACCGUUCGAGUUUACGGCUGCGCCGGCGCCGCCUCUGCACAAACACACGCUGCGCGACCAGUGGACGGGCACGACUGCCGGCGGCUGCCCCAAGUACGGCUCGUUCCUGCACAACCCGCAGUACCAAGUGGUCGUCACGGACACGCUGACGGACGUCGUCAUCACACUCGAGGCGCCCGUGCAGUAUCCAAUCAACCUCCGCUUGGUCCGUGACGGCCAGCGCGUCGGCGCCGUCUCCAAGAAGUCGCUGCACGCGCAGUCGGGGGAGUACCGCCCGGGCUUUUGCUACAUUGAAGUCAAGGACUUGUCGCCGGGUGAGUACACCCUCGUGCCGUCGACGUUCGAGCCCCACUGCAUCGGCGCCUUUGUGCUGACAAUCGCCGCGUCAUCGCCGCAAUUCCACGUGUACACGCUGCCGCCCGAAGGUCAUGGCUUGGUCGAAACUCUCGCCGUCGGCAAGUGGAACAUGGCGGCGGGCACGGCCGUCGGGUGCUCCAACUUUGGCCGGUACCUCUUGAACCCGCAGUACUUCGUGCAGCUCUCAGCGGUGACGCGGCUUUUUCUUCGGCUACGGCCGACGCGAUCCCCUGUGCCGUCCAUCAACUUGGCACUGUACAUGUGCGGUCCCAACGGGCAGCUGGACCCCAGUGCCAACCCCACAACGGCAAUCGGAACGUCGGGCAAUGGCUGCUACACCAACAGUGCGUCCGGCGCGCGGACGCCGCUGCUCACGCUGUCGCCGGGCACGUACGUGGCCAUCCCGUCGACCUUUGAGCCGAUCCAGGCCGACUUUGACCUAGUCGUUUACUCGGACAACCCCGUCACCAUCUCCCGCGUCCGGUAAUUUGGGUGCGCACGCAAACCAUCGUCUUUAUGCAUACGCACCGCUGUUAACGCUGCAAACAUGAUGUUCUUACC